UGGGAAUAUGAAUUUUUGAUUGGAAACUUUAAUUCGAUUUCAAUUUUAAUUGAAAAUCAAGUUCAUAAUCAAUUUCAGUUUAGCUUUCAUAUGGUAUGGAUAUUUGUGGAUUAAUUUAAUGGUAGUUGCUUACAAACAUCUGGCAAUUUUAAUCAUUAACUAAUCAUUAUUGCUUUGAAAUUUUAAUUUCAUUAGUCAUUAAUUAGGAUUUGGGCUUCCCUAAUUCAGAUGAUACUUGAUUGAUUAAUUUGAUUAUAAUUGCUCUCAAUGUUUAAUGCUGAACCCAUUACAAUUUUAAUUCACAACUUCCAAAUUUGAAUUCAAAAUUUCAUUUAAAAUAAAGUUUAGUCUCAGACUUUCACUCCCUUAGUCUUUGAUUUAAUUCAUUUAUUUAAGGAACAUUUUUGGGGUCCUCCUCAAUACUUGGGUCAGUUGACUUCUCCUGCUAGCGCAGUAAGCCAACCCCCUAGGCGUAGCGACUCCCUAGCGCCACCACUCUGUCAACCCUGUAAUUUUUCCAAAUUUUGGGAGCAAAACUUCACUCUCUUUCUUCUUCUCUCUCUCUCUCUCUCUCUCUCUCUCUCUCUCUCUCUCUCUCUCUCUCUCUCUCUCUCUCAGCUGUCCUCUUCUGGUUUGACUACUGCUGCUGGUUUUUGGAUUUGUACCUGUGAAAGUCAUAAAAGCAGAGUGUUUGAGAAAUAUUUAACAAAUAUUUGGGAAACGGAACACUUCUUUUAAAAUAGUAUGACACUCACUUUACCUUCCCUCCUCAUCCUGUUAUCCUACCCAGCCUAGGCUCGAGCAGGUCGACAAGGAGACUGGUAGGCGUCCAUAAACCCUGAGCACGCGUCUAGAAGCGCUUUAAGUGGUGCAUGGUUGUCAAUCCUACUAGCUGAGAAACCAAUACUGUCAUUGUUAUUGUUUUUCUUUCGCCCCGAAGGGAAUUUUAAUAACAAUCACAGUCCUGGUACUUUGAAAUCCUUUUCAAAACCCCUGUCUAGAACCAUCCUUCUAAAAUUAAAUUUUACAAAACUCAUUCUGCAAACAGUGUUAAAGACAAAACUUCAUUUUAUAGGGAAACUGGAAGCACCCCAUUAUUAUUCUGCUUUUUGCUAAAUGCUAUUCUGUUUGUUUCGUGCUCUUCUUUUCUUCUGCUGUUCUCUAGCUGUGCUAUCUGUGUGUGCUUACUGAUUCUUUUCGCAGAGACUCCGAGUUAGAAGCACAUCCACGAGAGGACCACAGUUGAGAACCAGUCUUACCUGCACAUUUACACACUCAUUACUCAUUCCCAUUAACUCACAGUUGACAUUGCACACUUACACCUUUGAUUUGCCCUGCUUGUUUGUUUUGUUUUGUUUUUGUUUUGUUUUGUUCUUUCCUUCAAGGUCUGUGUCAGUUUCGGGUUUAGAUCUCCCUCGCGGUGCCAAACAUGUCUCGCACAACAGACCCUGCUGGACACUGGAAGGAUCUGGAGACCUGGCUAAGUGUUGUAACAGACAGCCUCCUACCUAAGGCCGCUGAAACACUAAAGCAUCAGACACAGGACCAGCUGGAUGACAACAUAGCAAGCCUCAUGAAACAGGACCCAAGCCAGAGCUACAGUCACAAAGAACUAGCCAAGAUCACCGGCUCCUUAAGCCACACACUCAUCGCCACCCUCAAACUGAGCGACAGGCAAGCCGCCCAUCGCCAGCAGGAGCUGACACAUGCACAACGACGCAUCGAACAGCUGGAGCUGGAGGCUCAGGAACGACGAGAAGGGCCUGAUGAAGUGGAACAAGGCGCAAAAGAGGAGAUCAACAGGCUAAAAGAGACCCUAGCAGCUACUACGCAAGAAAUGGAACGAGGCAGAGCAGACUACGCUGACCUCUCCGACAAGCUACAGUACGCAGAACAGCUACUGGAAAAAGCAAAGGCUGACUUCAGAGACAAGAACAGCCGAAUUAAAGCUCUCGAAACUCACCUGAAUGAGUCAAGAAAUGAGGUCAGCCGCCUAAAACAACAGCUUGACUACAUCAAAGAAGAGUCUGACAGUAUUAAAGAGGAACUCAAGCAUGCAUAUGAAUUGCGCUGUGAGCCGUCAAGAACACGUCGGACACCGACUUCACCUUUGCCAAGCAGGACCGGCUCCCCUGUUCCUGGACUGGCACAUGAUCAGAAGGGGGCAGUGCCAAAACAGUCACCUGCUCCCUCCGAAGAAUCCUACCUCCCCACUAAGCUAAAAGAACGUGCUCCAGCCAGCCACAGAUCAUCUCAUGGCUUGGACCUCAGAGACCUUGACAAGCUUGCUAGAAACAUUGGCAAAUUCACUCCAAAUGUGCCAGGUAGUCCAAAUGUUCAGAGUUAUCUGCAAGAUAUUGACUUCCAUCUGGAAAUGAGACCCAAUGUCACUGACAAAGAUAGACUUUAUUUGCUCAGAGCCACAUCCAGCUCUGAAGUGCGCAGCUUCCUGGACCGGCAGCCUGCCCACACAAAGACUGAUUACCACCUGCUCCGAGAAGCUCUCAUCAGAGAGUUUGCCGACCCUGAGUCAGAACGAGGACUAGUGGCUGCCCUGGAAACAAAACAAGGUCGUCACGAAACUCCUCAAGUCUUCUAUAGCCGACUAAGGCUAGCAUACUUCGGGUCUCGCAACGAACAGAGCAUGGAGGAGGAAUUGAACUUCAAAACUCUCUUCCUGAGAAACCUCCAUCCUGGGGUGAGCCACCAUCUUGGCGUCCUUGCCUGUCCACGCACAAUGAGUGCUCAACAGUUAAGAGACUUGGCGCACAAAGCCUACUGUAAACAGAAGAUGGCCUUAGAAAAGGGCACCAAAACCACCACAGUUCUUGACUUCAACACACAGAGUCAAGGGCUGGCCCUAGAGGGCACCCAGCGUCAAGACCUUGCCAAGCCGACACCCAAAGAGUGGAAUGCAUCUUCGUCCAACAGAGAGUGGGACUCCCACACUGGUACUCGACCUAAACAGAGAGACAACCGCUGGGAUGGACCACGUGGACGACAACGCUCACCUGGACGUCACUGGGAAAAUUCAUGGAACCAAUCAAGACCUCAUGAGAGUCAUUGGGAGAAAACCUGGAAUCAGCCAAGCUCAUUUGGAAACCCCAGAGGAAAAGGCUCAUGGGAAUCCAAGGGAAAACGACAAACACACCCUGGAGCAACCAGCCCAAGGAAUCGACGAAAAAACUCACAAAGAUUCCAAGCUGACAGAGCUCAAAAUGAAUCCAUACCAGAACAAAAGACUUCACCUUGUUUCGACUCUCAAGAGCUGAUGAAAAUGAUGAUGAAAGAGUUCUUCCAACGAAAGGAGGACGACCGGAAGUGGGAAGAGAAAGCGAAACCAGAUUCAUCCUGACUAGCGGCCGGACGAGAUGGCAGCGACCACCUGACUCAACAUACCCCAGAGAACAGCACCUCAUCUCUCUCUCAGAGAACCACAAGCACCAUAACUUCAAACGGACAAGAAGUCCCACCUGAACAUCCUGCAAAACAGUCAGAAACUGAUCCAACACCUGAUGGGUCAGAUCACAGCAGCAUCCAACAAACACCUGCUGUGGAAACCACUCCAGUUCCUGAAAGUGCUGUCUUGGUCGUCUGCCACUCCUCCGAAGAAAACGAAAUAAAUGCUGACAUCCUACCUCUCUCAUCCCAAACUCCAGUCCCACAACUCCUAGGUGAUCUCAUUGAGAAAGGUAUCGCAAGAAAGUUUUACCUCUCCAUUAUCAUCGAACAACACAUCAAGGUCGAAGCCCUCCUCGACACUGGAGCUGACAUCACCCUAAUGUCAACAGAACUCCUUGAAGAAGUCCAAAACAGAACAAAGAGGUCUAACGGAACCUUCAAACUUCAAAGGUGUGAGCUGAACCUCCAAGCAUAUUCCCACACAGGCCUACAACUAAAACAUGUGGCCCCAAUUCACCUAACAGUGGGACCAAUGAACCUUGUUCACCCAGUAUACGUCUCACCACUCAACACAUAUCCUCUCCUCAUUGGGAAAGACCUGCUUAACCGCUUUGAACCCUUAAUAGACUUCAAACACCUGAAGAUAUGGACACAAGUCCGUGAGCCUCUGCCCCUCCAGUCAGUAAACCUGAACGAAUUGCAGUGUCAAGCCACAGACACCGCCCCCCAUCCACUGACUGACGAUGCAAGUUCAAAGUCAAGAGCAAGUUCCACGUCAAGCAACAAGAACCAAGACCCAUUCCUCUGCUCACUGCAAGCGUCAGACUCAGGUUCCCUCCGAAUCAUGACUGCCAUAAAUGUCCAAGACACAUCAGUGCCUGAUGCAGCAUUAGCCCUGUGGGCUGAAAACUCAGCUAUCAGCCUGAAGCUCUUCAGAACAUUGAAGCAGACAAAUCAGAGCAUACCACACGUCUCGAAGCAUAGCCGCUUCCCUCUCAAUCCAUGGUCAACAACCAUGGCUACC